UUAAUUACCCAAAUAUUAUUGGUAAUGCAGGAAUCCCUUUAAAACAUUUUAUUUAUGGUAGGUAUAUAGUAAAGACUUACAGGCUAAAUGGUCGAAACAUGGCUGAUGUUGUAAACAUUUUUAAUCUACGGAAGAAAAUUGAAGAAAUUGAAGGUAAUGGAAACCAAAAGGUUUGUGUUGUUGGUAUCAUUGGAAGAUGCCACUUACUCCAUAAGGAUGGCGCAUUGAAUCAGCUUGUCGAUCACAACGUUUUUCAGACUGAUUCAAAAACACAUAAGCUGCAGCCAAAAGAAAAUAAGCAAGUAGAGGUGAAAAUGUUUUAUGACGAAGAAAGAAAAACAGUUUUUCUUGAACUGAACUCCAUACACGAUUAUGCACAAUUGCUAAAUGCUUGUCGCAAUCUUCACGAAAAUUUAUCAAUGGCAGGCCGUCAUCAUUAUUGCCAAGAUCACCUUCUGAAGCAUGCUUUGGCUUUGCUUUUCAUGUUUUCUGUGUCUCAUAUAGUUGUGGUUAUGUUUCCAACACCACGUUUUGAUUUGACAUACUUGCGCCUGUUCAAGUUGCUUGCCUCAGUAAGAUAUACAAUGCUUCACAGCCUAUCACAGUCGUUGGCAGCUGUUGACGGAAUUCCAGAAAUUUGGAAGACAACAGGAAGACCUUGUAUACCCAGAAUUAUAUUUUCUUUUCAGAUUCCAUGGAAUACUGCCAAAGGAUUGAACGAGCAUUCUAUUCGAAAGCUGCAGCAGUCCUUGCAAGAACAAGUGCAUUUAAUUUUAAAAAAGAAUCGAUUACUUGGAAGUUUAAGUUCCAGUUCGUUAUUUACAGUCUCGUCACCAAACCAGUUAUUUGUUCACGUGCAAUCGCCACAGAAAUCUCACAUUGAUCCAAUCUCAUUUUGCAUCAACCACGUGUUAAAGCAUUCGAUUAACAUGGAUGCAGUUUAUUCUUCUGUGCUGUCAAAGAAAUCAAAUAUCAGUCUUGUAUCACAACCUUCUCCCACAAAAGGAACUUCAGAAGAUUCUGGAGGGGUUAUGAAAGAUAUAACAUUACGUGAUUUCUUGUUUAAACAAAUUGAUUAUAUGAUGACGGUGGAGAGCAGAGAAGUCCCUGCAGAGGGAAGAAGGGGAACACAUGUGGAGGCACCAAAUAUCGAGCUGUGGUAUCGUGUUUGUGAAAUUGUGUAUAAAUAUUUUCUUGGUAGUGCUACAGACAACAAUGCACAUGUAAAAACGUUGAUGCAAACGUUAGAUCUUGAUUGGAAAUUCUCUGAGAAUCGCUGCCACAAAGUAUCACCAAUGGCUACAAACACUUACUUAGAUAAUCUUCCAUCACACUACACACAAUCAGUUCAUCUUGCACAGCUGAACCAUUGUCUCCACGUGUUCACAAUGAAUGCCAGAGGACCAGCAUACGAACAUUUUGCUAAUCAGCUUCAGGAAGAGUGCAACCAGGUCUGGUGGAAUGGUCGACACUUAUGCGAAGCAACUAGUAUGACUGGCCAACCCUGUGUAUACCCCUACCACAAUCUUACCGAUGGUAAACAAGAGAGUGAAGAAACAGCAGGUGUACCGUAUAAAUCUCAUUCAAGCAGAGUAACCAGUAUUGCUGCGUGCAACUGCGGACGCACACAAGGAACUAGGGAGGAUCCUUUCGACUUAAAAAGUGCGAAUUACGAAUUCUAUCAAGACCUAGAAAAGAAAUGUUGUUCUUACCUGACACAUCUUAAAUUCCCCAUGUUUCCUGCAGACGAUCCAAGUUUGAGAGUUAAACGAGCAGCGCCGUCCUUGCAAAGACGUUUGGAGACUCACCAAAUCACGAUAUUAGGACGAAACGCAAAGACCUCAAUUUCUGAAUUAUCUGUUUCCGGCACGACUUCGCAAACACAAGAAAGCAAGGACAUCGAAAUCUUACCUUCUCAAGACCACGAACAUGCUGCAAGAACGAGAACAAUUUCCACCUCAAAAGAUCUUACUGCUGCUAGUGGUGCUAGUCUAAGUUAUGGCGGGUAUCAAUCUACCGACAUUGAGUCUCGGGAUGAUGGUGCCAGUUACGUCUCUGAGUAUGAAGGAAUGGUAAAGUCUUUGUCAAUGAAUCCAGUGCAAGAAGUUGAUAACGAGUUAGUUGAAGUUGAAAGCUCGAACACGACGGACAAUUCAUCAAAUAUCACUACGACAGAGCAUUACGAAGGCAUGCUAAGUAUCAACCUGUCCCCAUCUUUACUUCCAAUGUUCCCUUCAUGGUCACUCAUCGUCCUCGGAUCAGCAAGUUUAUACAACCCUACAAAAGGUGUAGAACAAGCAGGAUUCUUUACUGGUUCUAACUACCUGCUUUUAUGGGACAUACCCGUCAAAACAAACGACAUGACGUCGACGUCGGAUGGCAACGACGAGCCCAAUAUUACGGACAUUGCGUCACAGGAAGAACAAUGGCCAGUUCCGGGUGAAGUUACAAAAGUAACAACUACCAAUCAAAAUCACCCAUCUACCACUACGCAUGCGCACAUUCCUAUCCUUCAGACAAUCAAUCAAGUACACGCGCAAGCCAAUGAACUACUACGCUCUGAUAAAAAUCCUGUCGGAAGAAUCAAAAGACCUAAUUCAAAAGAGACAAUUUCAGUAAAAGCGUACAUAGGGAAUGAAUACGAGUGUCCGCGUGGUCACAGGUUUUUCUGUUCUGCGGCUGAUAAGAUGGUAAAGAUCACUGGUUCCGGACACAUUCGUGAAAACGCGACCAAACUCGUGACCGCCCACAUGCCAAUCUAUUUUCCAUGUCCGUGCCGUUCAUCGAAGCCUCUACAUUUGGCUCAAUUAACCAGAACAUACGUUGUAACACCAGACUCUGCUGUCACGAUUACUUUAAACCCAAGAGUACAACCGGGUGAGCGAGACAUCACACCUGUGUUUUACACCGGACUUAAGGAUGGUGUUACACUACCUCCAAAUAGUUACUGUGUCCUACGAUUCCCAUAUGUUUAUGUCGGAGAUAGCGGACCUAUAUUACCUCCGCCGCCGUCACAACCGUUGUUGACGUGUCGCUUGUUGAGAGGAAUGUUUAAUUAUUCGUACGUGAGUAAUACUGAUGAUAACUUAAUAUAGACAUGAUUAUGUGGCUGUUUGGUAGAAACUUCCUAGUGGCAUGCAUGAACCAGCAUAGAAGCAACAUUAAAAUGGGAAAUUCUGUUGGUUUGGAAGAAUGAUUUUAAUGAAUCACGUCCUUAUGAGAUAUUCUCGAAAAGAUGUUAAAAAUGUAAGCAGUCCAUUACAUUUGUAAUGAUAAUAGAAAACAAAUUGAUGUGUUGCUUUUAUGCUUUCGUACAGAACUUACACGAUGCUGUGGUGCAUGCAAGGUGAAAGCUGGGUGUACCACCGUUGAUAGGAAAUCAUUCUUUUACUGUUUUUACGUUCUUUAGCAUGCACGUGUUCGAAUAGUUUUUAGCUUGAAUUAGUAGUAGCCAUGCAUCAAGAAAAUUGAAACCAACUUCGUGUGCUCUAAGCUACUUAUAGAAUAAAAAAAAAAUAUUUGAAUUUUUACGUAGAAAUUUAUUAAUAAUGUAAGCAUUUGACAGAGGAGAGAAAGUUCUUGUGAACAAUAGUAUAGUUUUUUCCCUCUUUUCUUCGAUUUGCUGUCAAGAAGAUAUUUCAUCAGCAACCAGUAAAUUUGACUUAAAUACUCAUCCACUCUCUGAUUCAGUGGUAAAUUUUAGUACAAUGGCCUUGAAAUGAAGUUAAGUGCUUAUUACAUUCCGGUCUGUAAAAUAUACCAUGGCCGCCUAGCUGGCGUAUAAAACAUGAAUUCGUAAAUUUAUAUUUGGAUAUAAAAACUAGAAUAAAAUUUUCUCUAGAGAAAGGUGGUAGUGCCUGCCCUUUAUAUUCCUUUCUUUUAGUCUUUUAAUAUUUGUGGAUAUGCAUAUUUAGUCGUUUGGGGAAAGGAUUGAAAAAUUUAUCGACGUUUAAAACACUACAAAUAGUAUCUUCAAAAACAAUGUCGUUUGCAGCUGUUCUGAGCCAUAACAAGAAGGAAAAAUCAAGCACGAAAUUCAAUUAAGCGUAACUUAUGUUCCGUGUGAAUACAAUAGUUGUUGUUUUUGUUCAAAUCUAUAAAAACAAUUUAUGCAGACAUAUUCGAAAUAGAUAAAAGAAUACAUGUAUUUUUUGUUAACAGUAAAACAUAGGAUAAGCGCAGCUGAUAGAGAUUCACAACUAAUCGGACAUAAUAGCUAUUCACUGUUAGAUUUAUUUAUGCGCGAGAAUUUUAUGCUCAAGAGUUAUUUUUUGAUAAGUUUUGAUAAGCUUGCACCACAAGUCGCGAAGUAUGGUCGACGUUGCACUUUACGUGACUACCAUUUUAAUCAAAGUUUGCGCAAUAUGCAUUCAUGUCCUUGGUAUAUGGUGCCUUCUCCAUCGCAGAGGCGGGAAAUGUACGCAAAAGUUUAUUCUUCUCCACAUAAGCAUUGUGGAAAUUUUAAUGGUUUUAAAUUUACUAACUCUGGACAUUCUUCGUCUCUGUUACGUAAAUGAUGACGUCAUAGUGCAUAUUUACGCUUGGGAUGGCGGAGUGGAUAUAAUAUUCUACAUGUCAAUGUGCAUGAUAUCAGUCGACCGCUUGUUAUAUAUGGUUUUGCAUGUUAGGUAUAAUUAUUACGUGACCGAAAAAGUUGUGAAGUCGAUCAUUGUUUUAUUUUGGAAUAUUGGGACUGUUUUAGCUUUACCGUUUCACUUUCUGGACGCUUCUUACACGUACAAAUUUUUCUACCAUUACCUGUACCAAGUAUGUGACCCGAUAUGCGUCGCUGUAGCCAUUGUCUGCUACUCAGUCAUUGCUUAUAAACUAAACAGAGCACGGAAAACGCAUAUUCAACCAGCGAUUGUAUCGCAGAGUCAAAAUAAAGACGCAGGGGCUGUGAACAUUAAAAUUUACUACAUCCCAAGUUGCAUAAUCAUCACGUUCAUAUUGUUUUAUUUCCUCCCAGAUAUUUUUCUUACAGCAUAUAGCAACAACGAAGACGUGCAAAAAUUUAUUCCGUUCAUGUGGUCGAUUGGUUUGUUGACAGAUCCUCUAGUGUAUGUGUUUUUAGAUAAACAAUGUCGCGCAUGCGCUGUUCAGUUACUAAGAUGUAAAAAGGAAUCGAUUUUUGCGUUGAACUCUGAUAGAAAUCAGGAAAGCGCGAAAUAACUAGUAAACGAAAUAAUUAUAUUAUAGUAAGUAUUUCCACGUUGAACUUCAAUAAUGUGGGAAAAAAUAA